GGGCUUUAAGGGGCGGGCCGGCGAGCGGCCAGGGUCCGCCGGAGAUUAGCGCAGGGUGGGCGAGCGCGGUGGGCCGCCAUUUCUUGGCGUCGCUUGAGGAGCCGCCCCCUCCUCAGCUUCUCCUGGGGCCUCUCGCCUUCGGUCCCCGGCGCCCCGCGCCCUCAACGCCGUCGCACCGUCGUCCCUAUCCCAGUGACAGAAAUGCUGAGCUUCCUCCGUAGAACUCUCGGGCGCCGGUCAAUGCGUAAACAUGCUGAGAAGGAACGACUCCGAGAAGCACAGCGAGCUGCCACACACAUCCCUGCAGCUGGGGAUUCAAAGUCCAUCAUCACAUGUCGGGUGUCCCUUCUGGAUGGUACUGAUGUUAGUGUGGAUUUACCGAAAAAAGCCAAAGGACAAGAGCUGUUUGAUCAGAUUAUGUAUCACCUGGACCUUAUUGAAAGUGACUAUUUUGGUUUGAGGUUUAUGGAUUCUGCACAAGUAGCACAUUGGUUGGAUGGCACAAAAAGCAUCAAAAAGCAAGUAAAAAUUGGUUCACCUUAUUGUCUGCAUCUUCGAGUUAAGUUUUAUUCCUCAGAACCAAAUAAUCUUCGUGAAGAGCUAACCCGGUAUUUAUUUGUUCUUCAGUUAAAACAAGAUAUUCUCAGUGGAAAAUUAGAAUGUCCCUUUGAUACAGCAGUACAAUUGGCAGCUUAUAAUCUGCAAGCUGAACUUGGUGACUAUGAUCUUGCUGAACACAGUCCUGAACUUGUCUCAGAGUUCAGGUUUGUGCCCACUCAGACUGAAGAGAUGGAACUGGCUAUUUUUGAGAAAUGGAAGGAAUACAGAGGUCAGACACCAGCCCAAGCUGAAACCAAUUAUCUAAAUAAAGCCAAAUGGCUAGAAAUGUAUGGAGUUGACAUGCAUGUGGUCAAGGCUAGAGAUGGGAAUGACUAUAGUUUGGGACUGACCCCAACAGGAGUCCUUGUUUUUGAAGGAGACACUAAAAUUGGCUUAUUUUUUUGGCCCAAGAUAACCAGAAUGGAUUUUAAGAAGAAUAAAAUAACCCUAGUGGUUGUAGAAGAUGAUGAUCAGGGCAAAGAGCAGGAACAUACAUUUGUUUUUAGACUGGAUCAUCCAAAAGCAUGCAAACAUUUAUGGAAAUGUGCUGUGGAGCAUCAUGCCUUCUUUCGCCUCCGAGGCCCUGUACAAAAGAGUUCUCAUCGCUCUGGAUUUAUUCGACUAGGAUCACGUUUUAGAUAUAGUGGGAAAACUGAGUAUCAGACCACAAAAACCAGCAAAGCGAGAAGAUCAACGUCCUUUGAAAGAAGGCCCAGCAAACGAUAUUCUCGUCGAACUCUGCAUAUGAAAGCAAGUAUAGCAAAACCUGAAGAACUCAGUGUUCACAAUAAUGUUUCUACCCAGAUUAAUGAUUCCCAACAGACUUGGAGUCUAACAUCUGUGUCUGUGAUUCCUUCCACAUCCUCUGGUCCUGUGCUGGUGGAGAUAGAGAAUCUGCCACAGAAUUCUGGAACAGACAAGCAUGACAGGAAAUGGCUCUCUGCUGCCAGUGAUUGCUGUCAACGUGGUGGAAACCAGUGGAACACAAGGGCUUUGCCCCCACCCCAGAACGCCCAUAGAAACUACACUGACUUUGUCCAUGAGCACAAUGUGAAGAAUGCAGGAGUCCAUCAUGAUGUUCAUUUUCCUGGUUAUGCAGCCAUGACCGAGAUAUGAGUGUUAAGCCUCUUAGGCAUUGGGACUCUUUGUCAUCCAAGUUGAUGGUAUACAUUUCCUGAUGUUUAAAAAGGAUUGAUCACAUUGGGCAUAUUUGGAAGAACUUAUUUUAUACUGAAUCACUAGUUGUGUAGUGUUAUUUGUGAUAGAAUUCUUCUGUGGAAGGGAAGAGGAUCUGAAGAAGCUGUGUGCCAUCAAUGAUAAUGACAAACAUUGCCAUGUUGAAAAGAAUGUAUACCACUGUGACUUUGGAAGGGCUUUUUAUGAUUUUAGCAUGUUAAUACAUUGUUCAAAAUCUCUCUCAGGAGAAGGGUUGUGUUUGUGACAAACUGCCAGUUGUCACCUCACAUGAUGUCAAAUAAAUGGAGGAUUAAAGAAUCAGACAUACUAAAAGCACACCCAAAAGGAAGCAUGUUCAGUCAUUAUAUAUAAGCCUUUCAUGAUAUUUAUAUAAUGUUCUCAUAUGCUAUUUUGCUUUCUGAAAUGGCCCAUGCCUUAAUUUCAGUUAAGUGCUUAAAAUUUUAAUAAAAAUCAAUGCAUUUUCACCUUUUAAUAAACUCAAAUAUUUCAAGUUAACCACAGGUCUAGAAAUCCUAGUGCGAUUCACACAGAUAAAUUUGGAUGGUGACUUUGAACAGUUAAACUGAAUGGCUUCACUACUACUAAAUGGUUGUACAAAAUGAAAAAUUUAUUUCUGUCUUUUCACUUUUCAUUUUCAUCUCCUUUGCCUGUAGGUUUGCAACGGUCUGAGAAUCUGACCUUGUACAACCUUUAAAAUAAAAUUUUGAAGCUAAAACCAUGUUUUUGGGUGGAUUGGAUAUGUAUUACUGUUUCUGAUCCUUUUUGAACUUUGGGAUAUGAUUAUUCAAGUUUCUUGGCUUACUACACAGAGGCAGAUUAGCUGGAAAAAGUGCAGUUCUGAUGGAAUGAGAAGUGAUAGGAGGGAAACACUUAUUCUCUUUGAUAAUAAUUUUCCGAACUUUUAGAAAUAUUUCCUAACUUUUAAAUUGUAUAAAUAGAAAUUUGAGGGUACUAUAAGUUAAGAAUUUAUAAUGCUUCAAGGUGUAAUGCUUUAUUAUAAACAGCCUAGACCAUAUAACUCACCUGCUUAACUCAGUUUUUUAUUUCACAAAUCCUCUCUCUGCUAGACAAUGAUAGAGACUUCAGAGGGAUUUAAUAUUGGUCUACUAGUUGUAAAUACAACACAACUUGUCAAUAGAAGAUGUAAGUAAGCAGAACUGAAGUAUACUUAGGAAUGAAAGUUGUAGGCAGGUUUCAGCCUCUGAGUUUAUCAUUAUCAUAUAUAAGGGGAUGGAUACUUGAAAGUAUUUUUUAGCAUAUCCUUCUCAGUAUAAAUGGAUGCAUAUUUUAAAUAGCCCAGCUCUUAACCUCAGGGCCUGUCAUGAGGCUGCUAAUGUCUUAGUUUUUUUAGACUUCAGAUAGCACUAGAUUAAAUUACUAAGUAUUGUUCUUGGUAAUUUUUUUCUUUAAAAAAAAAAAAAAGAAGAAUUUGCAGUACAGAGGCUCUGAUUUUUGUCAUUCAAGAAAAGUUUUCAUAGAUAUCAGUAUGAUUAAAGAUGCUGAUAUUUGGGCUGUGGUUGUGACUUAAUUGUAGAGUGCUUGCCUGGCAUAUUUGAAGCACUGGAUUUGAUAAUUGGCACCACAUAAGGUACAUCGACAACUAAAAAAUACUAAAAAAAGAUGCUGGUAAUUCUAUAAUAGAAACCAAAGAGGCAUCAAGAAUAACAAAACUUUCCUGGUCUUUAGAAAGUUCCAAGACUUGACUUUGCUCAUUUUAACUUUAAUCUUGAAAUCUAAGGUCAGAUGGUAAUACAAUUCCUCAUAUGUAUCUUUAAUUUUCUUUUCUAUGUGGUGCUGAGGAUCAGCCCCAGUGCCUCACAUGUGCUAGGCAAGCACUCUACCACUGAGCUACAGCCCCAGAGCCCCCUUCUCAUCUGUAUCUUAACAGAAUCUUCACAAGUUUGGAAGGUUUGCAAUUAAAUUUUAUUUAAUGUAAUUCUAACAGUCUUGAAUUAGGUUGGUAACGUUUCAUUUGCGGUCUUUUGUGGCAGGGAGACACAGCAAAGUUAGUAACCUUCACACUUUAAUGUGAAAAAAUGCUUAAGAUCAUUCUCUUUGGCAAAACCAUUUCAUCAGCAUUUACCUGAGUAUGAUCUAACCUUUCUGAUCUUGAUAUGGUAAUCAUAGACUCACGUUUAACUGAAUUUACAGAGAAUUUCAUUAGUCUUAAUGUGUAUUUAUCUUUUGAAAAGCUGCUCUUUUACAAUUUUAAUAUUACAAUAUUUUAAUUCAGAGCAUCCUUGUUUUUUGGUGGGGAUUUAUUAAAGUAUUGGCUUCUCCUAAAUUUUUUUUUAAUAACUCUUGGAUGAAACUUUAUUGUUGCAACUGUACAGAUUGUGCAAGGCAUCACAGGUAACUAUGUCUCUUAAUUGGAGGAAAGGUAGACCCUUGUUUCACAGAGUAGUACAAUUAGUUGACCCUUUAUUGUGGCCCACCCCACCAAACACACACACACACACAUGCUGGGGAUGGGAUUUGAGGCUUCUCACAUAGUAGCCCGAGCCCUAUUUUCUCUUACUGGAUUUUUACACUUUUUGGUGGAUUAAUGUGCUAAUAAUGACUUGGUUACUUGAUCACUUUUGUGUGCUUGGUGUCACUAUUUCAUCUUUCUAUUUUGCCAAAACCAUAAAGGUAAAACAGGAAGGUAAAGAGUGGACAGUAUGGUGUCUUUGGGUUUCUGAGGAGGAAGAAUGUUGUAGAGGACUGGUUUCACAGGCAUAAGAAGACUAAUCCUUUAGCUUUGGUCUCUUAUUUCCCUUUGUGUUUGCAAGAAUAAACUGGAAAGAUUGAGAGAUGGUUCCAUAUUAAUGCAGCACUCUCAUGGUGGACUCGUUUGUCAAGUUUCACCCGUGAUAGUUUAACUGCUUUGGUUGGGCAAAUGCCUCAUUUCUGAACCAUAGUUUUUUGUUUUGAAAGGUCAUUAUUUUGUUUGUGUUAGGCAUUGCGUAUUGGGUUUGAAAAUAAUACCAAAUUGUAUUAAUUUAUUUUUUAUCCUUGGUAUUAAGUCUUAUCAGAUGUAUUUGCAAAAAUAAAAUCUUGGUGCCAAUAACA